CCGUGACGGACUCAAACUCAAGACCCACAGUCACUCAGGUUACAUUCACAAGGCGUAUAACAGCCCCGAGAGUCCUGUCAGAUUGUGUACCGCUGGAGCCCAACUUCCAGAAGCCACUUUCCUAAUUCUCCAACCAAGCCUUAUCGUCCGCGACGUGUCCUCGGAGCAUACAGCUGAUUUAGCAGAAUAAAUAUCGGAGAGAGCCCGGGUCGGGACUAGGGAAAACUGUCUUCUCCCCACAAGCAUAGAUUUAUUCGCCUUUUUUUCCCGAAGACGCUGUCAGCGAUUUCCCUCUGCAUCUCCUGGUUCACGUUUUGGAAGGGGACAGUCGUGCCUCUGCCUGCAUUCAUAUCCCGAGACCGACGGUGUGUUCCAAAGCAACGUAUUCUGUUCUGCUCUGACAAGGAACGUAUUUUCUCAUUGAACCAGACAGUGUUCAUUUCUCAGGAUCAAAACCUGAAACGAAGACGCGUCUCCGUUUUCAAUCAAAUGUCAUAAAGCUGUUAUUGCGCACGAGUCAAUACUUUUCUUGCGGGGACGACGCCGACUUUUUAAUUACUUCAGACUGUAAUAUAUCAGGGGAGAAGUCCCCCACUUGAGGGCGAAAUCAGACAUUCGAGAACGGCAAGUUCGAGAGCCCAGGACCCGGGUCUUCCAUAAACAACAUGCAGAAAUGUCCGAGGAGGCAGGGUUGGAUGUGAGAGGCAGCAGCGAGGAGAGAAGCAGCCAGGCGCCCAGAGACCCAGAAAGCGAGAGGGCACCAGAGUCCACCCUGAGCGGCACCGCCAACACCCCGACUACCACCUCUUCCAGCAGCAUCACCUCCAACCAGCACCACAACAACAGCGCUAGCCCCACAGCCGUCUCCAGCAGUAGCAGUAGCGGUGGCUCCAGUGGUGCCAUAGGUGUUAGCAUAGUUAGCCGCAGCGCUAAGGGAGCAGAGGGGAGGUCCUCCAUGCAGUUCAGCACCAGACCUCCCAGUGCUGAGCCUGGCUUCAUGGGGACAUGGCAGCAACAGAGCACUGACCAGAGCAACCUCCUCUUCAGAAUGUCCCAGCAGGCCAUUCGCUGCACUCUGGUGAACUGCACCUGUGAGUGUUUCCAGCCAGGAAAGAUCCACCUGCGUACAUGUGACCAGUGCAAGCACGGCUGGGUGGCUCACGCGCUGGACAAGCUGAGCACGCAGCACCUGUACCACCCCACCCAGGUGGAGAUAGUUCAGUCCAACGUGGUGUUUGACAUCAGCAGCCUGAUGCUGUACGGGACCCAGGCGGUGCCGGUCAGACUGAAGAUCCUGCUGGACCGUCUGUUUAGUGUUCUGAAGCAGGAGGAGGUGCUCCACAUACUGCACGGCCUGGGCUGGACCCUGAGGGACUAUGUCAGGGGUUACAUACUGCAGGAUGCUGCGGGCAAGGUGCUGGACCGCUGGUCCAUUAUGUCUCGGGAAGAGGAGAUCAUCACCCUGCAGCAGUUCCUUCGUUUCGGAGAGACCAAGUCCAUCGUGGAGCUGAUGGCCAUCCAGGAGAAGGAGGGUCAGGCGGUCACCGUGCCCUCCUCCAAGACCGACUCAGGCAUCCGGACGUUCAUCGAGAGCAACAGCACGGGACGCGGUCGAAGCCCAGGCCUCCUCAACCACAUGGAGACCAGCAGCCCGUCCAGCAUCCACCACUUUGAGAACAUCCCUAACAGUCUAGCCUUCCUGCUGCCGUUCCAGUACAUCAACCCUGUGUCGGCCCCCAUGCUGGGACUGCCCCCCAAUGGCCUGGCGCUGGAGCAGUCGGGCCUCCGGGGCCUCCACGACCGGGAUCGCGAGGCCAGCCUACCCAAUCAGGGCGAGACGGUGGAGAGCAGCGAGUCCGAAGUAUCCCUCAGCCCUUUCCGCAGCAGCGGUCAGAGCCCCAGCCGCAUCGGAGCCCUGGGGGGCAUGAACAACGCCAUUGAGCCCAAACAGGAGCCCAACAACCGGGCAUCACCCAUCUCGCCCACUCCUUCCAACCAGCCGUCCCAGCAGCAGACGGAACAGCAGCAGCAAGGCCAGCAGCAGCAGCAAGGCCAGGGGCAACCCGGGACCCCACGGCCUAGGUCCAACUCCCUCAACGACCACCAGGCCCACCACCACUUUGUGAAGAGCGAGCAGUCCAAGAGCAUUACCCACUCAUCCUUCUCCUCCAAGAUGCACCGCAUGCGCCGCAUGGGAGCCACCUCACGCAAGGGCCGUGUGUGCUGCAACUCGUGCGGCAAGACCUUCUACGACAAAGGUACGCUGAAGAUCCACUACAACGCCGUACACCUCAAGAUCAAGCACCGCUGCACCAUCGAGGGCUGCAACAUGGUGUUCAGCUCGCUGCGCAGCCGCAACCGCCACAGCGCCAACCCCAACCCACGCCUGCACAUGCCCAUGCUGAGGAACAACCGCGACAAGGACCUCAUCCGUGGGUCGGGCCCCGGCACGCCCGUCAUCUCCAGCGCCAAGAGCGGCUUCACCCUCACCAGUCCCGGACGGCCACCUCUGGGUUUCGCCACCCCGCCCCUGGACACCAUGCUCCAGUCACCCCUGCAGAGCCCACUGGUCUUCCCCUCCCUGAAGUCGGUGCAGCCCAUCCAGCCGGUGCCCCCUUUCUACCGUACGCUGCUGUCCCCACAGCACCUGGUCAGUCCUCCAGUGUCACUGCCCACCAGCCCCAUCCUGCCCUCCACCACCAACAACACCUCUCUGAUGGACCAGCAGCAUCAGCUCCUGGCUGCCGCCGCAGCCGCAGCCUCCCACAACGCCCACAAUAUGUCUUCUGAAGGUGGGCUAAUGUCCCACCACAGGCUGCCCACCCCCAGUAUCCCCCAGCAGGAUCCAGCUGCUGCCACCAACACGGACCCCACCCCCAAGAAGAAGCCCCGUAAGUCCAGCAUGCCGGUGAAGAUCGAGAAGGAGGUGAUUGAUGUGGCGGACGAGUACGAUGAGGACAAAGACGACGAUGAUGACGACAGUUGUCACCACCACCACCACCACCACCACCCCUCCUCCCACCUCCACCACAACAACAUCAAUGGAAACCGCAACAACAACAACAACAACAGCAGAGGAGGGAACAACAAUGGCCACCACAGCGGCGGCAGCGGGCACCAGUCCCCCUCCCAGGAUGAGAUGAGCCCAGGCCUGAUGAGGGGACACCUGAUGAGGCACGACCAGGACGACUGCCGGGGAGAGGGACCCGGAGGCGUGGGCGGAAGGGGCGAGAGAGGAGGCCCAGGCGGUGAGCUUCGCUGCAUGGACAGCUUCACCUCCGAGGACCAGGACCACGAGAGAGACUUUGAGAACGAUUCUGAGACUUCGGACUCCAAGAUGUCCUACCGCGAGGAGAUGAUGGAGGUGGAGGAGCAGCACCAGAGGCUGAGGCUCAACUCCUCCAGGAGCUCCAGAGUAGGAGGAGGCAACAACCUGGAAAAGGACCAGGAGGACCUGGAGGCCAGAGAUGAGGAGGCGCAGCUGAGGAAGGAGAUGGAAGACCCCAAGAGCCGCUCCUCACCCUCACCCCACCAGCCCGCCAUCAAGAUUAAGGAGGAGCUCAACGACCCCACCUACGACAUGUUCUGCAUGAGCCAGUACGGCCUCUACAACGGGGGCAUGGCGGCUGCUGCAGCCGCCGCCGCCAGCAUGGCUGCCCUUCACGAGAGCUUCAUCUCCUCCAUGAGCUACGGCGCCAGCCCGCCCAAGUUCCCCUCCUCGCACUCCCCCGAGGGAGAACUGUGCACCAGCCCCAACUCCAACGACCCCAAGAUCUGCUACGUGUGCAAGAAAAGCUUCAAGAGCUCCUACAGUGUCAAACUGCACUACAAGAACGUGCACCUCAAAGAGAUGCACGUGUGCACCGUGUCCGGCUGCAACGCCGCCUUCCCCUCCCGACGGAGCAGAGACAGGCACAGCUCCAACAUCAACCUGCAUCGCAAACUGCUUACCAAAGAGCUGGACGACAUUGUCCUGGACCCCCAACUCACGCCGCUGCCCAAGGACCUGCGCGCCGAGUUCCUGGCUAAGAUCUACGCCGGGCACCACUUGGGCCUGGACGCCAUGGCAGGGGCGGGCAUUGGCGGCGCCAGCCUGGGGGGAGGAGGGCUGAACCGUGACGCCAGCUCCCCGGCAGGCACCGAUUACCCCCACCACCACCCCCUAAACCAUCACCACCACCACCACCCCCUCCACCACCCCCUCACCAACGGCUUCUACCACCGCAGUGGCCCCCCAGACGACUACAUGGUGCUGGACCUGAGCACCGCGUCCAGCGUUCAGUCCAGCGGGUCAGUCCAUUCAUCACGCCAGUCGGACGAGGGCAGCGACGAGGGCAUCCUAUUGGAUGACCUGGAGGAGGGGUGGAGGAGGGAGGGAAGCGACGGGGAGGACUGCUCCCAGCAUGCCCCGGGGCAGGCAGGGGCCGGGAGGCGGCGGGACCAGGUCGGCGAGGGAGGAGUCGGAGGAAGAUCGGACGAAGGUCUGACCGGCGCCGACCCCUCCUCCUCGCCGACCGUCCUGUCUUCCACCGGUGGCAGUGGUGGGAUCCUGUGCAGCAUCUGCCACAAAGUGUACAGCAACAAAGGGACCCUACGCGUGCACUACAAGACUGUGCACCUGCGCGAGAUGCACAAGUGCAAAGUGGCUGGCUGCAACAUGAUGUUCUCCUCGGUGCGCAGCCGCAACCGCCACUCUCAGAACCCCAACCUCCACAAAAACAGCGUGCCCUUCACCACCAUGGUAGACUAGCCCAACCCCCUGGCCCUCGUCUGGCCAAGUCUACCCCCUUCCUCGACUCCCUUCUCACCCCAAACCAUGAGCUCUUACCCCCAGGAACUACACCUUACCACCCCUAGACGUCAUGCACCACAGUUCUCUUUCCCUUCGAUGAGAUCCAGUGACUAUAUACAGUAAGCGUUGUGACUUUUGACCUUUCCUUCUUUGGAAGAACGAGGAUGAGACACUUGAAGUGUCUUCAUUCCAAAAACUCGCCCUGCCGGUUUCCCAUAAACCCCAUUUCCUAUUUCCCAUAUGUCUUUGUUUUUGUCCAUCUCCAAAGAAUCUAUUCAAACUCUUAUUUGUGACUGUUGCCUGCAGAAAUGAUAAAAAUAUAAAUCUUCUUGUUGUAUUUGUGUAAUGAUAGCUUUUAAAGGAAACCCCAUACAAGAGCAUGACUGCUUCAUUUGUAAAUAAUAUGUCCCAAGAGGCUAUUGGUGUAAAACAAUUGUAUUUGAUGGUUGUUAGCUAUUUUUUUGUUUCUCUUUUUGGUUUUUAUGUUACAGUACAAUACUUCCAGCGCUAAGGUAGGCAAGAAAGAGGUAGCAUCUUUACUAGCUUGACUCAUUUAUGUUAGUUUAAAAAACAGUUUUAAACUGAGAAGGAGAAGAACUAAUGAUCAUGUGACUUGUUGUAUCUACUUGUUAGAUAUACGGAGGUUGCCGGCAUGCUUUGUUUUUUGGGCUCCUACACCAAUAUCAUUCUCUGUUCUUUUGUUUUUGUUAUCAUUUAUAGCUUUUACUAUACCAAGUCAGUUUUUCGCACUUUGCAACUAUACAAGCGGGAUGUGUAAUAUUAUUACAAGGACUUUGCAAGGGUUUUGGUUUCCGCGAUGUUCGGGGUCUGAGACGGCCACAGUGCCAAGGGGAAAUCACAUACUUGUGGCAGGUUUAUUUUUUUUGCACGUGUUCAGUUUCAAAAAUGCUAUUUCACAACAAAAGACCCAUAUUUCUCCUGAACGAAUCCAAAACAUCCGGCCCAUUUACUCCAAUAAUCAUAUUCAGAAAAAGCCUAAGUAUUUCUACUCUACCAGAUACAGUAACGUGACUGACUAAAGCCUAAGUAUUUCUACUCUACCAGAUACAGUAACGUGACUGACUAAAGCCUAAGUAUUUCUACUCUACCAGAUACAGUAACGUGACUGACUAAAGCCUAAGUAUUUCUACUCUACCAGAUACAGUAACGUGACUGACUAAAGCCUAAGUAUUUCUACUCUACCAGAUACAGUAACGUGACUGACUACAAUACAGCUGCUGUUUUUCAAGGCAGAAGAUUUAAGUAUUGAGGAAUUUAGUUUGUGUUAUUUUCAUUUCACACCCAGUGUGUGACUGUAAUAUCACAAUACUUAGCUACAGAGGUUGAAGUAGGCUAAUCUUUCUACUGCAUGUGGUAUUUGUGACCUAAAACAAGCGUUGGUUGAGUGUCCUAUUAUUUUAUACACGUUUCCAUGCAAAAAAUGGCCAUCCUAUCAGAAGUAUUGUGAAUGUCACAUUGAUUAUAAAACAAAGAAAUAGUCCUUAAACUGUGACCAAAACAAAAAGAAGCAUUGGUUUUUAAAACAUCUAUAUUUUUCCGCCAUACAGUUGUACUUUAACUUACACCUCAUAAGUUGAUAUGAUGCACUUGAGUCUUAAGUCUUUUGCUAUAUUUUUUCAGUAUUGAUUUCCAUUGCUGAUUGUCAGCUUCAAAGGUGAACUCUGUGAAACUCUGUCGCCAUUGCCUGGCUGUUUUCGGAGUUAUUUGCAGCCAUUUUCCUUGUUUCCAUACACAUCUUAAGGUACAAAUGUUUCAGAUAACUAGGCAAAGUAGCCAGGGGAAGGGGUAUUUAUUGGCGGGUGAUGUCAUCUUGAUGCAGAUGACUUGUCCAAUAUCAAUUCCUUUUUUUUUCAAGAAAAGAAAAAAAGAAAGACAGAUCGGUCUUCAUUUUGAGUCUGUGCCCUUGAGUUGAUGGUUAUUAUUGUGUUUUUGUCGUGUUACUAUGGAUGUGAAAAAAUUGAGAGCUCCUCUUUCUUGAUUGGUGCUUAUCUAAAGGGGAUAAAAACGCACAGUGUUACGUGGUAUACAGUAUUCAAACCCCGUUAUAUCCAUGAAAGUGUUGGACAGUUUGUUUUUUUACGACUAUUUUGCAAUGGGCAUGAUGGACCCUUUGAUGGACACGUUGGUGUCAACUCUUAAGACUUAGCUUCUCCUCUCUCUACCAACCUCCACGACACUGGCAGCAGGCUUCACCCCUCUCCUCUCUCUACCAACCUCCACGACACUGGCAGCAGGCUUCACCCCUCUCCUCUCUCUACCAACCUCCACGACACUGGCAGCAGGCUUCACCCCUCUCCUCUCUCUACCAACCUCCACGACACUGGCAGCAGGCUUCACCCCUCUCCUCUCUCUACCAACCUCCACGACACUGGCAGCAGGCUUCACCCCUCUCCUCUCUCUACCAACCUCCACGACACUGGCAGCAGGCUUCACCCCUCUCCUCUCCAACCUCUACCAACCUCCACGACACUGGCAGCAGGCUUCACCCCUCUCCUCUCUCUACCAACCUCCGCGACACUGGCAGCAGGCUUCACCCCUCUCCUCUCUCUACCAACCUCCACGACACUGGCAGCAGGCUUCACCCCUCUCCUCUCUCUACCAACCUCCACGACACUGGCAGCAGGCUUCACCCCUCUCCUCUCUCUACCAACCUCCACGACACUGGCAGCAGGCUUCACCCCUCUCCUCUCUGAAGAGAGAGAGAAAGAGCUGAGUGAAAGGGGUUGCGGAGGUGGAGGGCUGACUUGAGAGGAAGAAGGGAUGACAGUGAGUAUCAUUAAAAAUGUGCUGUUCCACCGUUACCUGGAGGCCUUCUGACGCUGAUCUGUCUAAUAACUCACUUGUCACUUCAUUACACCACCAGACGUGAAUGUUGCUGACAGGACUGUGACGCCGACAGAGAUCCAAACCGGUCUCUCUCUCUUUCACCUCUCUCUCUCCCUGAGAGAAACCACCCCCGCCCCCUCUUCCCCCUCAACCCACUACUCACCCCCCUCCCCUCGCCCCCUUCCCGGGUCCUUUAGGGACACCGACUAAUAGUGUACUCUUAAGUUCACAAAAUGGCCAUCGCCGUAGAAAAAGGAUGUGUAAUUGCCUGUUUAUCCCAGGUGAAGGAAAAACUUUGUACAGGAACCUUCGGCAACACCCUGGAGUGGCACUGAGGCGCAGCCUGCCUCAUUUGCUCAGUGCACCGUACUGCACCUUACCGCCACGGGCCCAGCCGGAGAAGUACAGAAGUGUCACUCCAGGAACCCUGCUGACAGCUGUCUCUCUUUCUCACACACACACACACACACACACACACACACACACACACACACACACACACACACACACACACACACACACACACACACACACACACACACACACACUCUCUCUCUCUCUCUCUUCCUGCUAACAGGCCAGUGGGAUGACAGCAACAAGAGGACUCUGGUGAUGGGCGUGAAACAAGGACACCCCGAGGCAGAGAGGGGAAAAGAGAGAGAGCGAGCUCAUCCACGGUCCAUCACUCUAUGUAAUAAAGCAGUCAGUCCAACGUUAGCAUACAGCCUUGUCACUGCAGGGCACGCUAGCGUUUCAUUAUGGAGAACAGUGGAAUGUAGCAUUGAGUUGGACCGCAAUGGACUGCCAUGGACUGCACUGAGAGAGAAGGUGGAAAGGGGAAACCUAGUCAGUUGUCCAACUGAACGUAUUCAAGUUGUGCGGAAGUAUUCAAGGUGCGGAAGCCCCUCUUUGAAAGUGUUUGAUGGCUUACGAUGAAUAUCGUGGAUAUUAAAGAACUGGGAGAAUGCUUGGGAAGGCCAAAUCAGUCUGGUUUGGAAUCAACACGCAGUCUAUUGAGGAACGUGAGACGGUAACAAGCUAAGAGUAGUCUUAACUAACGCUGCUGUAGCCAGUGACCUUAGCCUGCGCGGUUAAACCUCACAACCUGAUCUGAUGAGAAAGACAGCAGAACCCAAAAGCUUAAACAUUCCUCUUGUCCUAUUCAAUGUUGUAGACCUCUCAAGCAGCCAGGGAGCUCAAUCAGUGACCUGUGUGUGUUAGUGUGUGUAUGUUAGUGUGUGUAUGUUAGUGUGUGUGUGUGUUAGUGUGUGUAUGUUAGUGUUAGUGUGUGUUAGUGUGUGUGUGUUAGUGUGUGUGUGUAUGUUAGUGUGUGUGUGUAUAUGUUAGUGUGUGUGUGUUAGUGUGUGUAUGUUAGUGUGUGUAUGUUAGUGUGUGUAUGUUAGUGUGUGUAUGUUAGUGUGUGUGUUAGUGUGUGUGUUAGUGUGUAUGUUAGUGUGUGUGUUAGUGUGUGUGUUAAUGUGCCAGAGAGAGAUUAAAUUCCCUUACACUGACUCCUCAUCUCUAGCCCCUCUGUCUCUUACUCGAUGGCCAUGCCAGCACGCCACGGCUCCUAGAGAGAGCUUGCAAAUGAGCUGAGAAAACUGCCCUGACACGGAACAGACUGUCCAGAACAGAAUAGCCAGACUAGAGGAUUGGGAGAGAGAAAGGAGAGCAGAGGGACCGGUCUGAGAACGAAAGCGGUCUGGCAGGGACCUGCGGCAGUCACUUAACAAGGCAGGAGAGAUAGAGCGAGAAAGCCGUGCCAGCCUUCUUGACUGUCUGGCUGGAAAGUGAUGGAGCCCCCUGACCUUUCCACUCUUCUCCCUCUCCUCCUUCAUGGGAGACAUUACAGUACAUUUUCUCCUCUCUCCUUUGAGAGGGCCUGACCCCUCAAUCUCCCUCCCUCCCUCUUUCUUACCAUCUUUAGCCCACUAGGAUCCAGGACAGAGCCCAGUUGUCAGGCUGAUGGGACCAUUACUGUCCUGGCUCGGUCCCCAGGAGGAGAAGGCCUCUUAAAACCCUCACUGGCCAGCUUGAGUGGAGUGAGCCUUUAAUAUUUCAUUAGGGGACUCUUGACUGCCAAAUGCCAGUUUCCCCACAACACACCAUCACUGAAAGAGAGAGAGAGAGGGAAGGAGAGAGAUGACAAUGGAGCAGGUGGGGUUGUCUAGUGAUCCGUUAUGGAUCGUAUACCUCUGUCCACUUUGUUUAAGUCUGUGGAGAGCAGGGUAGGACCUUGACCCAGUGUAAGUGGAGGGGGAUGUUUGCGAGCUGUCUGGUUAACGUCAUCCAUCUUGAGAAAUACAUGUGGCAAGGCUCAAAAGACACAUGGGAAGAUUGGUGGUUUUACAGAUGAUACGCUGUGGUCCAACAUUACCCUCGGAACUUGGUAACAGCAAUUCUACAGUAAAUGAUCCUGGAACAAAUAAAAAACAUGCAGAAAAUGUGCUUUUUACCCAUUUGGCAAAAGAACAUCUUUACAAUCUUUAACAUUAUAGCAAGUCACCCCAAACUAUUUACCAACAUGCCAAUCUUACUUUUUUAUAUAUAAAUAAUCUCAAAAAGACUGUGUACAUUUUCUUUUCCACAGUGAUGUUUUUGUGUAGCUGUCUGGUUCUCUUUGUGCUAAACGGCUGUGUUUCCGCCCUGCAACCAGAGGCCUGCAUCUCAAUCAACUCUUAUUUUCACUGCCUGGCAGAGCAGCAUUGCUACAGGGUCACACCGCAAACUGCAGCAUCUACAACAGGGGAAGCUUGCAUCACUCUUGGUUUCAUAAUGGUGACAUUGGCAGCUUCAUGAAUACUGUAUGUCUCCUAAACAGGUUUUUCCCAUUAGCAGACUGGAGGAGAAAACAAGGUCCUCUUUCUUAAUUGAUUUUGUUUUGUUGCUUUCCUUGUAUUUUUCUGUAUCAUAACGGUCUAUGGUUUUUGCAUAAAAUGCAUAUGGGUUUUGGGAUGUAAAUGGAAUUUUAUUCAUAUUUUGUCCAAAUACCUCUUGUAAUUUGUAUCAGAAUUCUUGUACAAUUUUUAUAUUAAAGAUUUAUCAGUCACUGGCAA